UUAGCGUUUCGACGAAAAAAACAGGCAAACAAACGGCAAAGGACACACCUCCCGAAGCAGACCUGCGGGGCCGAGGGAGGGGACGUGUCCGUGAGGCGCCGCGCCCGCCCCGCCCCGCCCCGCCCCGCGCUGACGGCGGCCUGGAGCGGCCAAGCCGCGUCUUCAGGGGUCCCUCGCCUUCUCGUCCUGGGCAGCCGCUCCUGGAUCUCCCUGUCCGGCUAUGGAGCUCUGGCAGGUGCCACUGAGCUUCUCCCGCCUCCGCAUGUUCCCUUUCUUCGACCUGGCGCAUUAUGUCGCCUCCGUGCUGGCGCUGAAGGAGCAGCGGGGAGUUGUGGAAGUGUCAGUCCGAAGUCCAUUGGCCUGCUGGUUUAGUGCAAUGCUUUGUUGCUUUGGGGGUUCAGUUUUGUCUUCACUGAUGCUUGGCGAAUCUCCAGUAGCAUUUCUAGCAAAGACUGUAAAUAUUCUACUGGCAUCCUCAGUCUGGUACCUAGUGUUUUACUGCCCAGAAGACAUAUUCUACCGCUGCUUUUCCUUGAUACCUCUUCGUCUUCUGGUGGCAGGAAUGAAAGAAGUGACAAGGACUUGGAAGAUCACAGAUGGCAUUGCACAUGCAGACAUUGUCUACAAAGAUGCCUGGCUUGUAAUGGUAGCCGUGGGCUGGGCCAGAGGUGCUGGUGGUGGCCUAAUUUCCAACUUUGAGCAGCUGGUGAGAGGAGUGUGGAAACCUGAAACCAAUGAGCUCCUGCAGAUGUCCUACCCUGUGAAGGUAACUUUGAUAGGAGCAGUUCUUUUCACCCUGCAACACAGACAGUACUUGCCAAUAGAGAAACACAACCUUGUGUUUUUAUACACCAUUUUUCUUGUUGUCUUCAAGGUAAAAAUGAUGUUGACAAGAGGGGCAGCUUCUCCACUUGAUCCCUUUGAGGCUGCAUUGGGCCAAAUGUUUUUUGGCUUACGAAAGACACCUUCCAAAGUGAAGGAUGAAGGCGUCAUGUCUUCCAAUGGCUCUUCAGUCUGUGACCAGCCUUCUGAGCAGCACCAUGAGGAUGCUAAGAAAAAGCAAGCAAAGAAAACAGAGUAAAUUACUCUAAAUCCUCGCGAUGGUCAUGAAGAUGUUUGUUUUCCAGAUUAGACUGGCUGAGAAGUUUCUCUAAGGAAGUGAGAACAGGGUUGUGUUGUGGUUUGCCUUUUUGGAAUGUGUUAUUACGUGAGCUGUGUGUAAAUGCACAUGCUGGAUUUGUGAGUUAAAACUAUGAAUUUUCAUAGUGGUUAAAAGUUUAUGGAUUUUGUAUUUAUGAUAAAUUCAAGUGCUUACAUGUUAAAAAGAUAGUUUAAAAAAUGUGACAAUCAUAUAUUUUUCUUUUCCUACUGUAUCACAUGUUUAAUGUCUUACUAUCUUCCAGUUCUUGUUUCAUUUUGCUAACACUGAUUUGUACUGUCAGGUGUUCACUGUAGCACAUCCCAAACAAGAAACUCAUUAAGUAGGACUUAAGCACAUUUCACUGGGGAAAACCAUAAAAAUGUACCAAUUUAUUGCCUUUAACUAGAAGAGCAACUGAAUUAUUGUUGUAAUUCACAUUGCAUUGGUCUAGAUUGUCUUCAUUUCUUAAAGUAAAUAUUUUUCAAUAUUUUUCAAUAUUUUGAAAUGAGAGUACAUUGUCUGGCACUUUAAAAAAUCAUUACAGUUAGCAGGUAGAAAUAUCAAUAUUUUUUGUUGUUGGCUUACUUGGGCUCUAUUUGCAACCAUUUGAGAUGUAGUUGUUUUUUGCCACAUUGGUGCUUAUCUUUUGGUUCAUUGGGGUCUAGACAUUCUUUGCCAUAAUUUCUUUUCCAAGCAUAUGCACUUAUUUCUUUGCAAAGACAAACUUCAUUAGGAAGGAGAAUACUGGACAGUACAUUUACCUUGUUUAGUCAGUACCCUGAGCUGCAAGACAGGAAUGGGAGCAGUGGAAAUAAUCCAUGAGGGAAAUGGUCAGUGAGUUGCUAGAACACCUGGACACUCCCAAGUGGUGGGAUGGGAUACACCCUGGGGUGCUGAGGGAGCUGGCAGAGAGCUCGCAGUGCCAAUUCCAGUUAUUUGCCAGCAGUCAGUUAAGUGGAGGUUGGCAAAUGUGACACACAUCUACAGGAAUGGUCAGAAGGAGGAUCCAGGGAGCUCCAGCCCUGUCAGCUGCCCUCAGUGCCAGGGAGGCCACGGAGCAGAUCACCUUGAGUGCCACCAGCAGCAGGAACAGGACAACCUGGGCAUCAGGCACAGCCAGCCUGGGUUUGGGACAGGCAAGCCUGCCUGACCAACCUGAUCUCCUGUGACAAGGUGACCUGCUCAGGGGUGAGGGAAAGGCUGUAGAUAUGUCUGCCUGGGCUUUACACAGCCUGGAACACCUUCUCCCUCAGCAUCUCCUGGAGAAACUGGCUGCUCAUGGACAGGGCCCUGUGCUCUGGGUGAAGAACUGGCUGAGGGCAGGGCUGGAGAGUGCUGGGGAAUGGAGGCACACCCAGCUGGGCUGGGCACAGUGGGGUUCCAUGAGAUCAGCACUGGGGCCAGGCCUGUUCAACAUCUCCAUCAAAAGUCUGGGUGAGGGAUUGAGGGCCCUCAGUCAGUUCCUAACUGAGGGAGCUGGAAAAGGAGCUCAUCCUGGAGAAAAGGAGGCUCAGGGGGGCCCUUCUGGCUCUGCACAACUCCCUGACAGGAGGGGACAACCGAGGGGUUGGGCUCUACUCCCAGGGAACAGACAAGAGGAGAGGAAGUGGCAGAGGAAGGUUAGUUUGGAUAUUAGGAAGAAUUUCUUCACAGAAAUGGUGAAAAGCAUUGUAACAGGCUGUACAGAGAGGUGAUGCAGUAAACAUCCAUGGAGGGAUUUAAAAGGGUGUAUAGAUGUUGCACAUGGGGAUAUGAUUUCAUGUUGGUCUUAGCCAUAUUGGGUUAAUUCUUGACUUGAUGAUCUUAAAGGUCUAUUCCAACUUCCAACCACUCCUUAAUGUCAGAAGCACUGAAAAUUUUGUUGUGUCUUUUUUUGCUUAAGAUGUGAAACAGUUCUAAGUGGCAUAUACGUCAUAACUGAGAACUUUGGCAUUUUAGAGAUGUUACAGUGCAUAAGAAUAGAAUAUUUUCAGAGGAGUCUUCUAGUUGAUGUGCCAAUUUUUAGAAUAAACUAUUUUUACAAAAUCAGACUAUUUUCUUCAGAGAGUACUUCUUUGAAGAAUAUUGUUCAGCAAAGAGGAGUUAGGUUAAUCUUUGUGGAGGAAUGCCAAAGAGAAUGUGGAAGGAGAUCUGAUUUGAAAAGAUAAGGUUCUAGUUCCAGGUACAUCUCUAAAUUUAGAAAAGCUGUCACCAAUAAAAAUAAAAUUAAAUAAUUAAAUAAAUAAAAGUUCCAAAGAAAUUUCUUGUGCCUGAGUAGUCACAUUUCCAUGGUGAUGACCAAAAGCAUUGAACUCAGUUUGAAAUCCAACUUCAUUGCAAAUGUACUGUACCUUGAAAGCUAAAAUUACUGGUUUUUUUAACACUCAAGUAUUGAAACAAAACACCUCAAACUCUUUGGACAGACUGGCAGUCAUAUUCCUUACACUGAAACUUUGUGUUCUGUUACAAAUGCUUGAAGUAUUCACUUGGUGUCUCAUUUUUUUGUAGCUUGGUGCCAUGGAUUAACUUGAAGCUGCCAAUUAACUAGUUAACAAUCAGCUAGUUAUCAAGCAACACCAGCACAUGCUGCCUGUCCCUGGCUUUUUUAAGUUUUGGAUGUUCUUCUGAAUCAGUGUAAUUGUGUGUUCUAGAUGACCAUACAGAAUGGGAUUGUAGUGUGGAGCCAUGGUGCACAUCUGUGAAUUUCUGCCUGAAAAUUGGCUAUUCCUAGCCUAAGUCAAUGUCAAAAUAUGCUUAGACUAAGUCUUCAACAAGUUUACCAUUAAAGGGAAAAUAUAUAUUGUUUUGUAUUCAUUUUCAGAGUUAAAUACAACAUUUAAAAAAAUUAAAAUGUUUUCCUGAUCACCUUAAAAGUAAUAAGCAACACACAAAAAUUAUAUAUUGUUGUGAGACAGAACACGUUAUAGUGACAGAAAUCCUGUUUCAGGCACCAUGAAAACAAAAUUUUGUGUUUGAAGGUAUCAUAUGCUGCUGAAGGAUGGGUGCUCAAAGGAGCUUCAUGCUGAAUAACUACAUGCAAAUGUUCUGAGAACUAUGUUUCAGAAAAAGAUAACAAGUUGCUCAGGAUUUAACCUGAAUUCUAUAGGGAAUGUUAAUACAGUGUGUCCAGGAUGCCUUAAAUAAACAAUUCCCAGCUUUCAUGCUGAUUGUUCUCUAUAUCUGGUAAACUCUGUGUGAGAAUUUUAUUAACAGUUUCUUAUAUCUGUUCUGGUAAAGUGUGUCAGAUUCAGCACAGCUGCACACAUUAACUAGUUGGCUGUAUCUGAUUUUGUAAUUAACCUGGUAAAAUGAGAAGAUGCUGCCUUGUGCUGACAUAAACUAAGUAAUUCAGAAAUUGCUUUAUCAGCUCAGUUCUUGGGCUAGAAGGGCAUAUUCCUGAUUAAACCAACUGCUGUUCUGAGUAAUUUCUACUAAAUACACUCAGCUUCUGUAAAAAUGAAUACCUUAAAAUUUGCUUCAGAGCAGAACUGAAGUUUGUUUAGACAAUAAAUGCUACUUGCUUUCCUCUUC